CUAGAAAAUAUAUUUAAAACAAUGACCUAAAAUGUGCACGUCAUAGCUGCAAUUACAGCGAACUGCCCGAAUUCGUCCCUACUUCCGUGAAGAUUGCGUCAUCACCGUUGCGUCAUCAGCGAUGCGGCUGCUCAUUGGCUGCACGCGACGUUCUUUCCUCAUCGCACCACGCGACAGAACUUCGCAGUUCGAACAGCAUUAGGCCAGCAGACUGGUAGUCCCGUGGCUCUUGUCAGAAUUACAAUUAAGCGUAUUUUACAGUUGAUUCUGCUGUAUCUUCAAUUUUUACCGUCGCAAAUUGUUUUGUUCGUUUUCCCAACGAUGAAUGAAGAGCAAUGGAAACAAUUCAAUGUGGAAGCUCAGAGAUUUUGGAUUACCAACAAAGAGUACCACAAGCAUAUAACAGAACGCGAAAAUAUGGUGUCCAAGCUAGCGGAAUUAAAAAGGGAAAAACGCGAAAUUGAGGCGUUGGGAAUGAACGCCAUAAUACAAAGACAAACUCCCGAAGGAAUAACACACAUUACAUCAGCCAGGGCAGCAAAACACGAUAUUUCCAGGAAAAUGAAACGUCUUAGGCGAGACAUAAAAAGGACUGAUAUUCUGAUAUCUAUCCUGAUGAAGAAACUUCAAACACCUCAUGCUUGUGUUGUACAAGCCUUUCUGUGGCAACAAUUUAAUGCAACACAACAAUUGUAUAAUCCAUGGUUCAGUUAUUAAAAGUGGAGUCUUCUUUUCUCCAUUAUUAAUUAAAAAUCCUCCAUUGUAAAUAACGAUAGGAUCAGAAAUCAUUGUAAUCAGGUACUUGGAUAAUACCGAAUUUUCAUCAUUUUCAUUUCAUUUAUUGGUAAUUUCUUAACCAAGAUGAAAAGAAAUGAAGUGUUUUAAAAUGAUCAUGUGCUUAUUGAUACUAAAUAAACGGGAAAAUACUUAAAAACCA